AUGAAUUUUCUAAAAUCAAAUAGAUAUCGAUUUAAUAAUUUCUCAAUCAGGAAUCAUUCCUCAAAACCACCUUCAUCACAAUUUAUAAGAACUCAAUUCUUAGAUUUCUUUAUUAAGAACAAUUCUCAUACUUUCGUUAGAAGUUCGUCAGUGAUUCCUUUUUGUGACCCCACAUUAAGCUUUUGCAAUGCUGGAAUGAAUCAAUUUAAGAAUAUCUUGCUAGGAAAGCAAAAGUCACAAUAUAAUCGAGUUGCAAACUCACAAAAGUGUAUUCGUGUAGGCGGAAAACAUAACGACUUAUCCAUAGUUGGAACUGAUACUUAUCAUCACACAUUUUUUGAGAUGCUGGGAAAUUGGUCAUUUGGAGAUUAUUUCAAAAAAGAGGCUUGUGAAAUGAGUUGGAAAUUGCUAACUGAUGUUUAUCGAAUUCCACCUGAACGACUUUAUGUGACUUACUUCAAGGGAGAUGAUAUCUUGGAAAUUCCCGCAGAUUUAGAAUGCAAAGAAAUUUGGAGAGAGAUCGGAGUGCCCGAAAAUCGCAUUAUUGGCUUUGGUGCUAAGGAAAAUUUCUGGGAAAUGGGAAGAACUGGUCCAUGUGGAGGAUGUUCUGAAAUUCAUCUCGAUCAUCUGCCCACUUUCAAAACAAUUAAUAGAUCAGAAUUAGUCAACAAAGAUAGAAAUGAUCUGACAGAACUUUGGAAUAUUGUCUUCAUAGAGAAAAUGAGACAUUCUGAUGGAUCUAUAACGACACUUCCAAAGAAACAUAUUGACACUGGAAUGGGAUUCGAAAGACUUGUAGCAUUUCUUCAAGGAAAGCAUAGCAAUUAUGAUUCCGAUUUGUUUAUGCCAAUAUUUGAAAAGAUUCAUCAAGUCACUAAAGCUCCAAACUAUUCAGGAUCUUUUGAAGGAGAAAACAGAGAACGUGACACUGCCUACAGAAUUUUAGCUGAUCACAGUCGAAUGAUUGCAGUUUCUCUUGCUGAUGGAAUGUUUCCCGAACAAAAUCAUAAACUUCGUAGGAUUAUCAGAAAAUGUAUAAAUUUCUCGGAAAGUGAAUUCAAACAUCCAAACUUACUUCCACUUACAAUUCCUGUGGUAAGACAAAUUCUUGGUGAAACAUUUCCGGAACUUGUUAAGAAUAUGUCGUUUAUUGACGAAAUUACACGAUACGAACAGGAGUUGUAUAAAUCAUUGAGAGAAAGCAUGUCGAAGGAUGUUAAGGAAAUUAUUAAGAAAAAUCCGAAACUAACAGAACUUGACAUAUUUAAUUAUCCUGGUUUUGUCCUCGGAUAUCAAGAUUUCUGUGCUUAUAAAAAGAAUAACAGCAGUAAAGAAAUGUCUGGCGAUAUUAUGUAUCAACUCAACACAAAUUUUGGAUUUGAUUUGGAAUUAAUGGAAAGACUUGCAGAACUUGAAGAUAUGACAACUGAUAAAAAUGGAUAUUUAGAUAAAUUGGAACAAAUGAAGAAGUCUUAUUUAGAUCUACAUCUGACUGAUGACGGAAGCAUCGCGUUAGACAGUCUUGAUUAUACAACUGAUAAUGAAAUUAAGUAUAAUUAUUCUUAUGAUAAUGAGCGACAAUUAUAUCGAAUACCACCAGUGAAAACUAAAAUCCUUUCAAUUUUUGAUAAAAAAGGAAAAAUUGAAAGCACAAAAAAUGCUUCAAACAAUGUUGUUAAGAUAAUUGUUGAGAAAAGUCCAUUUUAUUACGAAUCUGGUGGUCAGGAGUCAGAUGUCGGAUUCAUAGUUAAAAACCAUAAGCAUUUUCAAUUAAAAUCUGUAAAUAAUCAAGGAAAUUUCAUUGUACAUAGCAUUGAAACAAAUCCUGAUGAGGUUCUAAAUGUUGGUGAUGAAGUUGAACUAAAUGUUGGUGAAGAAAAUCGUUCAGCGUUGAUUCGAAAUCACUCUGCAACUCACUUGUUGAAUGCAGCGAUUAGAGAUACAACGAGAGUUCCAAUUUAUCAGAAAUCAAGUGUAGUAAAUAAUCAACAUCUUAAAUAUGAAGUAAUUUCUUUUGGUCCUAAAAUUAAAUCAAUUGAUCUUGAGAGCUUUGAAAACUUUAUAAGAAAAUACAUAAAAGAUCAACCUUUGGAAAGAAAAGUUCGAAUUAUGAAUUCACAAGAACUUCAAUGUGAAGAUAAAAUCGUGAUGGUGCCUGGAGAAAUUUAUCCUGAUGAUGGAAUUCGUCUUGUGACAUUUGGAAACGUAUCCAAAGAACUUUGUUGUGGAACUCACGUUUUCAACACGAGCGAAUUGUUAGAUUUUACUUUCUUGAGUAUGCUAUCAACAGGAAGGAACAGUUACAUUUUUAAGGCAGUCACAGGUUCAGGUGCAAUUAAGGCCAUUGCAAUUGGUGAUCAACUCGUAAAUGAACUUGAAAAUCUUCGUGACACUGAAAUAUCUAUACAGAAUAUUAAAGAAAUUUCUUCAAAACUUCGUGAUAUUUCUAUUCAAUUGAACAAUUCUAAUGUUGAUAUUUCGUUUUUGAAAAAACUCGAUUGCCAAGUAUUAACAGCUGAGAUAAAAGCGGUCAUUAAAACAGAAAGUAGAAAAGUCUUGAAAGAACUUUUAGAGAAGGAGAUUAAGGAAGCUAUAAGUGAAAGUGAAGAAAAGUUUUUUAUUGUUCAUUUUCUUUCAUGUUCCGAUCUUAUGAAAGGAGUUUCAUUAGACAAAGCUACACAAUAUGUAGAUGAUCGGCCACUAAUUAUUAUUUCUUAUACCGAUAAUAUAGUGAAAGCUGUGAGUUGUGUUCCAAAGCAUUUCAUAAGUGAAUCUUUUGAUGCAAAUUUAUGGAUAAAAAAUAUUAACACAAUUUUUAAUAGUCACACCUCAACGCCAAAAGGUCAGAAUCCCAAGCAAAUCACCAACAUGAAAGAAAAAUUCAUACAUCCUGAAGUGUUUAAGAAUUUAGUUGAAACAGCUUUGUCAGCUGCUAAUAAAUUUGCAAUUGAAAAUUAUUAUGAAAAAGUUCAAAAUAGCAAAGCAAAUAGAAUAGACUUCAAUCGAAAUGUAUCGACUGGAUCGAAUUUCUUGUUCUAUGGUUCAGCGGCAAUCAUUUCAACUUUGCCAAUUUGGUUAUACUGGCGAAUCCAUCAGAUGGAACUUCUUCCCUCGCUUGUUUUCUUCGUUGUGUUCACAGCUUUAAGCACUUAUUUGAUGUCAAUGGCUUAUAGAAACACAAAGUUCACAUUAAAACAUAAAGUUGCUAUUAAACGUGAAGAUGCAGUUACACGAGAGAUGACACAGUUGUUGGCUGAUGAUAAAAUGUCGCGUAAGGAAAAAGAUGAACGCAUCUUGUGGAAGAAGAACGAAGUUGCUGACUUUGAAGCUACAGUUUUCUCUAUCUUCUACAAUAACGCAAUCUUCCUUGCUAUGGUUGUUUUCUUGAGUUUCUACUUGUUCCGUGCAAUCUCACCAACAUUCAACUACAUCAUUACAAUUGGUGGCACAUCCGGAUUGUUGGCUCUUCUCUCCACCAGCAAGUCUUCAUAAGCUUGAGAUUUCUCAUCACAAUUUUUUUUGUAUGUAAGUUCUUUGAGAACAAACUCGAUUGAUAAUUCAUCGAUCCAAGAAAAUAAAACAAAAAAUUUUUCCCUUCAAGA